AUUGAAUUGGUGUUUUACUUCUGUGGAAAAGAACAGCCAUUCGCAAUUUCGCAUGCGUCGAAGUAAGACGCAACUGUGUCCAUCCGAUCGCAGGAACUUCGCUGUCUUCGUUAUCAGAUAUGGCUGGGGGUUUGGGUUGGCGAGGACCGACUUUCGUACUCGUCAUCCUUGUAGCCCUAAUAUGCACUCCGAUCGGUGCCGAUACUGAGGUAGAGUUCGUCAGAUCCGAUUGUCAGGAUUUUCCCACCGAAUUGAAAAGUCUCAAGUCUAAGAUCCGUACUUUGGAAUCAUACGUUGAAGAGAAGGGUCAAGAACUGAACGGAAAGGAUCAGGCGAUUCUUGACAAGGAGAACAUCAUAAAAGUGAAAUCAGAUAGAAUCGCGUCAUUGCAAGCAGAAAUUUCUUCUCUGCAGAAAAAAGGGUCAUUGGAUGCUCGUGAUCAGGUUGGAAAAGCACAAGCACGAGCUGAUCUUUUAGAAAAACAGGCUGAGAGCUGUCAAAAGGAAAUUGAGUUGAAGAAUGAUCAGAAUAAAGUGCUUGAAGCCCAGAAAAUUGUAUCAAAGAAGCAACUGACUGAAUCAAAUGAAAAAAUACUGACACUUCAGAAUAUCAUCGAGGAGCAAAAGGCUAAAUUACAAAAAACUGAGCGGGCUCUUCAAGUUGCUGAGGAGGAAAUGGUGAGAGCACGUUCUGAUGCCUCCACAAAAACAAGAGAGCUAGUGGAGGUACAUGGUGCUUGGCUUCCACCUUGGCUUGCAAUUCAUUUAAUACACUACCAGGCGAUAUGGGAGAAGCACUGGCAGAAAAACAUAAAACCUGCUAUGAAUGUAGUGCUUCAAAAGGCCAUUGAGAAAAGGGCCCAGACUGAAGCAUGGACUGCACCUCACUUGGAAACAAUCAGAACUAAAUGGGCCCCGCGUGUGAAAGAACAAUGGCUUUUAAUGGCCACAUAUGUUGAACCACAUCUUCACUCUCUAAAGAUAAAAGUUCUUGAAACGUAUGCAAGCUCCAAGGAUGCAUUUACCCCACAUAUACUCAAGGUUCAGGAAAUUGCAAACCCCUAUUUUCAGCACAUUCGAAAAUUCAGCAAGCCAUACAUUGACCAGCUAGCCUCUAGAACAAGACCUCAUGUGGAAAAAGCACGUCUUGCUGCAAAACCGUACACAAAGAAGGCAGUUCAUGUUUAUAAAAAAUUCCUGGAGUCUGCCACCACAUACCACCAUCAGCUUCAAAGCAAUGUCCAAGACACACUGAAGAGACAUGAACUCACGAGUCCUUUUGCGACAAAGGAGCUAAUCUGGUUUGCUGCCUCUGCUAUGCUGGCUUUGCCAAUCUUUCUUUUGUUCAAAGUUUUCUCUGCCAUUUUCUGGGCUAAACCAUCCAACAGAAGUGGUAGCACACACCGUUCCCGUCGUAGGUCAAAACGUGGACAUCAACCAGAGAAAUAAGGGAGUUGUUGGAUGUUUGUUUGAAAGUCACAUGUAUGAGUUUUAUUUAUUAUAGUACUUGUCCAAUAAUAUAUUUCUAAUAUGUAAUGAUUAUUAUAAUACAUAUUCCGGUGUUUUGUUUGAACCUCUCUGGUUAAGUUUCUUAAAUUAUUAUUUCUUGCAGACUUGCUUGAACCUUGAAUUCAAUGGUCUUCUGCCUCUCUGUGUGUGUGGGGCUGAAAUUUUUUUAUUUGCAUCUUUCUUUGAGCAAGGUUUGUAGAGAAUGUAGCACUCCCACUUCAGACUUCUGUGCCCUGUGGUAUGUAUUAUGUAAUAUAUUUACUGUUUGUAUAUACUAUUUACAAUGGACCACUUAACAAUAUGCAACAUGUGACAAUAUUUUUGUAACAUCUUCGAAACAACGGGAGCAGUAUAUAUUAAAUAGAAAAUAAAUUUCCAAAAAAAUAUAGUUG